AGAAGGAGUGGAUUCUAAGAUUCAAGUGGCUAUACAUUGGUUCAUGUAGGUAACUUUGCGUAACUUUUCUUUUGCCCCUGCUAUGCAUGUAUGUCUUAAGCGAUGGAGGACACCGGUGUCCAAAGGGGCGUCUGGGAUGGAGAUGCCAAGGCUGUUCAGCAGUGUCUGACGGAUAUUUUUACCAGCGUUUACACCACCUGCGACAUCCCAGAAAACGCGAUAUUCGGUCCUUGCGUUCUAAGCCACACUUCCUUGUACGACAGUAUAGCUUUUAUAGCUCUCAAGUCCACGGACAAGAGAACAGUUCCUUAUAUAUUCCGGGUGGACACCUCAGCAGCAAACAGCUCGUCGGAAGGUCUAAUGUGGCUUCGCCUGGUUCAAUCAGCCAGAGAUAAAGAAGAGCAGAACCUGGAAGCCUACAUCAAAAACGGCCAGUUAUUUUACCGAUCCCUUCGAAGGAUUGCCAAAGACGAGGAGCUGCUUGUCUGGUAUGGGAAGGAUCUGACCGAUCUUCUUUUGCUCUGCUCUUCCAGACCCCACAGCAAAAUGAACGGGUCUCCCCCUUACACGUGCCUGGACUGCAGCCAGCGUUUCCAGUUCGAGUUCCCCUACGUGGCGCACCUGCGCUUCCGCUGCCCCAAGAGACUGCACAGCGCCGACACCAGCUCCCACCACGAGCAGGACGGGGGAGGCUGCACGAAGGAGCACAGCGGCGGAGGUGGAGGCUGCGGGGACAGCGGCGGAGGCGGCGUGGCCGAGGACCCGCAGCAGCACGAGGCUACUUUGGGAGCCGGGCCCAAGUACUGCAAAGCACCUCCCAUCCCCAUCCACCACUACCAGGCGUCCCAGGACGGCAGCAACCCCUCUGCGCCGGGCGCGGGAAGCGGCGUCAAGCCGUCUACGGAUUUCCACAACCUCGCCCGAGAGCUGGAAAACUCCCGCGGGGGCCGCAGCUGCUCCCCGCCCCGAAGUCUGGCCAGCCGACUCGGCAGCAGCGGCAGCGGCCACCAGGAGGUGGAGCUGAGCCCAAACGGCGGCGGCGGCGGCGGCAUCAAACCCAAGAGAAAAUACCCAGAGGAGCCGGAGGAAGGCAGCCGCGGCGGGGUGGUACUGGUGGGGGGGCGAGGCCGCUUUGCCGAGCGGCCCCAGCCGGCCUCCAAGGAGGACCUAGUGUGCACCCCGCAGCAGCAGUACCGCGCGACGGGCAGCUACUUCGGCCUGGAGGAAAACGGCCGCCUCUUCGCCCCCCCCAGUCCGGAGACCGGCGAGGCCAAGCGCAGCGCCUUCGUGGAGGUGAAAAAGGCCUCCAGGGCCGUCGGGGGAAGCUCCGGGCUCCUGCCGGAGGAGGAGGAAGCAGCCGACGGGGCUACGAGCGCGGGAGAGGACAAGGAUGUGGGCGCGGGAGCCGGCGGCUUGGCCGGCAACACCUCUUCCCCCGCGUCUUCCUCCUCCUCCUCCUCUUCUUCGCCGUCGGGCCCGGAGAAGCUCCUGGGAGCUCGGCCCGGGGGCCCGCUGUCCGCCCGUCUGGAGGGAGCCAGCCCGGCCCGGGGCAGCGCCUUCACCACGGUGCCACAGCUCGGUGGCAGCGGGAGCGCGGGCGGCGGAGGAUCGGGCGCCGGCGCAGGGGCCGGCCAGGGCGCAGUCCCCGACGAACGCAAAAGCGCCUUCUCGCAGCCCGCGCGCGCCUUCUCCCAAAUGCCUCCCCUGGUCUUGGGCCAGAAGCUGGCCUCGUUGGAGCCAUGCCAUCCCGGGGACGGCGUGGGCCCCACCAGACUGUACCCCGCAGACCCUCUGGCAGUGAAACUUCAGAGCGCGGCGGCGGACCUGAACGGGGCCUGCGCGCCGCUGCAGAACGGCGGGGGGCUUCCCAAACAGAGCCCCUUCUUGUACGCCACCACCUUCUGGCCCAAGAGCUCGGCGGCCGCCGCGGGACCCCUGCAGCUGCAGCUGCCUUCGGCGCUCACGCUGCUGCCUCCAUCCUUCACGUCGCUCUGCCUGCCCGCGCAGAACUGGUGCGCCAAAUGCAACGCCUCCUUCCGCAUGACUUCCGACCUGGUGUACCACAUGCGGUCCCACCACAAAAAGGAGUACGCGAUGGAGCCUCUGGUGAAGAGACGGCGGGAGGAGAAACUCAAGUGCCCCAUUUGCAACGAAUCCUUCAGGGAGCGCCACCACUUGUCGAGGCACAUGACCUCGCAUAAUUGAAAUGGAAUGGAAGAACCAGGCAGUCCGCGGGAUCUCUACGCACACGAGGAAAGCCAGCUGCACGAAUGAAACUCACCCCCUCCAUCUUCUGCCUCACCUCUCUCCCAAACACGCUCUCUCUCACACACGCGCGCAGUGUGGGGCAAAAGGGCCCCCAAAUGGGACCCAGAGACAUGAUCUGCCAUUCCGAUGUUUACUUGCACCAAAACCACACCCGGAAAUAGACAUCUGAGUCGGAGAGGGUGGUGGGUUUUUAUUAUUCGGGGGUUUGUUUUGUUUUUGUGGGUUUUUUUAAUGCACGCGUUUUCACUCCCCCAGAAUACAUUUUUUAAAAUGUCAUAUAUUGCAACAUAUUGAUGCAUUUGUCAUACGUUUCUACUUAAAUUAUUAAGCACUUACACGAUUUAGAUGUAAUAAUUAUAUGGAAGGGCAAAUUUUUAUUUUAGAUAUAAAGUGCACAGAGAAGAAUGCAAGGCUUCUGCAUUACGCGAUUACGGUUUGUGUUCCUACAAAGCAAACAAGCAAAAAACCAAUUGGAAAAAUGGGGAGGGGGGAUUGGUUUAAGUUUCCAGGGGAAAGUGCAUGUGUCAUGAAAUAGUUACAGGACUUCCAUGAAGAAUGUCAUCGAUUCUGUAAAUAUGUAUUUCCUUUUAAUACAAAGUGUAAUUUUGUGCCAGUGAAACGAAGUAUGCAUAGUUACGUGUUUCUUUUCCCCCCUUCCAAAGAUUUAUCAAACUUUAUAGUUUAUCUGGGUAUGU